GGAAUGACGGUCGCCUUGAAUGACGUAGUCAUCCUUUCUGAUCUUCUGGCCCACGUCGAGAGCUUUGGCAACUGGGAUGAAAUCUCGGCUGUCCUCAAGAAGUGGUACCGCAUGAGAAAACCGCUCGCAUCCACCAUCAAUACCAUGAGCAUGAGCUGGGCUGGGAUAUUCGCGGCCCAUGGCGAGGCGUUUGACAUUAUGCAGGAAGGAGCAUUCAAGUUUUACGGGAAAGGUGCCAAGUAUUCUGACGAACCCAUGUCAUUAGCAGCCGGGAUCCUGAAAUCUCCGUCACUGCUGGCACGCAAUUCGAUUGCCAUAGCGGUAUACUCCAUCUGGGUGUUGUUUACCCAUCCUAGACCUGGGAAUGAAUAUGCUCCGCAGUUUUACGAAUACCCGUUGCUUUUGGUUAAAGCGCUGAACGUCAUAUGGACUAUAGGCGUCGUGAUGGGGCCGGUGAUGUGGGCAGAAAUGUGAUCUUGGGACAUAGAUGAGUUUACAACGUGAUGGAACGCUCGCAAUAAAGACUUUCAAUAUUAUGCCCCAUGUACUGCAUCACCUAUGAUUGACUUAUUCUUCUGAUUCGCACACUGCCAAGUCUAGUGCAACUGGCAUAAAGCCGUUGAUUAACAACUGAUAUAGGGCCUGGUGUUGGCCGCCCCAACGGUUGACACUCGCAGGUUAUGCCGUAGGCGUGUCGAAAUCAUCAUUGAUAGGUG